AUGUUGGCCGGUCUCCUGCUAUUCGCAGGCUGUCUGAGCUCGAUCGAUGCCAUCCCUCAUCUGAAGCGCAAUGCUGCUCGAUUGGAGCCUCGCCAGUUUGCGUCGUCCUGUGUGCCUUCUACCGUCACUGUCUUGACAACUAUUCCUCAAUGUACAGGCAACGCUUGCGCUGUGCAGACCAUUACAUCUCAAGGUCAAUCAUUCAGCGUUUCGACUCUUGGCAGCGCUAGCGGAAUUGCUGGCCAGGUCUUUGGCGGGACUACUUUCGAUAACCCCGCUUCAACUGUUCAAAAUGCUGGAGUGGACGCUUUCACAAUCUGCGAUGAUGACUGCACUGUCGCCGGCGUUCCAUUCCCGUCUGGCUCGACCGUCUUUUUCACCAACUUUGUUCCAGUACCGCCGGGCACCAAUGUCGCAGGUGGUACCACAGUGACUGACCCAAAUGUGCCGGUCACCACUCCUGGGCUGGCUACAAGCACAUUCGUCUCAACUAUCAUCAAUGGCCAGACUAUUACAGACGCGAAUCAGCUCGUAACGACAACUCGCAUGGGCAAUGAUGGCACAAUCACGACUGUUGUUCAGACCAUUACACAAAUCCUUAGCCCGAACGGCCCACAGACAUUUACAGUCAUCGUACCUGGUACUGGAACAACUGUUACAAGAACCAUCACUGUUACCAAUGGUGGUCCCGGUGAUUUCCCAUCCUCGACUUCUGCUCCUGUAACAACAGUGCCAGGGGUAACAACAUCGCCUGGCGGCACAAGUUCACUACCGCCGGUGACAUCUGGUUCGUCAAGUGUACCGGGUCCACCAAUUCCUACUACAGGGCCAGGUUCAAGCAGUUCUUCGGUUGUGAGCACUUCAGGCACAGUAGAUGGUCCCCCAGGGACGACGACGCCCGGUACCUCCAGCACGACGUCGGCUACAACGCCGCCUGAGGGACCACCAACUACCACUUCUGUGACGACCAGCAUUUCUGUUACUUCCUCUACAACCUCUGCUUCUGCUACAUCUUCCGUCAACCCCAGAGCUUGUAGCACUGGAGAUGAGUGCACCAACAACGGUUUCCCUCUUGGUAUCUGUCUCGAUGCGAGUAAUGUGCCAAUCGUAGGUGGCCUUGGCGUUGACACUGGAUUCUGUGCGCUGUCUGCCAUUCUCCCGCCAUUUGCCGCAGGUUCUAGUGCUGCCGACUGUCUCACUUCGGAUGACUGUACCAACAUCGGGCUGAGCUUGUGUCUCUUCACUGCAUUGCCUGUGACCGGUGGCCUUCCACUCGAAGUCGGACGAUGUGUACUUGGUGCCUCGACUGAACCUAAUCCUGCGGCUGAUUCUGGCGGUAUUGUGACAGGUCUGCUCUCCCUCAACCAGCCUUGUACCGCCACCAGUCAAUGCGGCGUUGGACUCUGUCUGCCUGUCCUCCUCAGCCCAAACAACGGUCUCUGUCUUCUUCAGGAUCCUGUGGGAGACAUUCUGACACCGCUUGGUCAGUCGUCGUCAACUGGUGGUGGAACACCGACUGCUGGCCUCUCCGGCGUCGUGAAUACCAUCCUUGGUCCAAUCACACCCACAACCGAGCCACUGACCCCGGUUGUUGAUGGUAUUCUCGAUGGUGUUGGCACCGUCGUCGACUCUCUCGGCGGUGGCAAUGCUCCAGGCAGCGGUGCAGGCAAUGGCGGUGCUACCUCCCCAAGCACCACGACUGGCGCUGGUGGCGGCAUCCCUGCCAACCCCUUACCGUCCCUGAUUGCUAAUGUCGGAGAAGCAAUUGGUGGAUUGGGUGGAACUAGCACCGCUCCUGGCCCUCUGGCAGCUGUGACGGAUUUGACGAACGCUGCUGCCGGCCUUGUUGGUGGGCUUCUUGGCGGUGGCCAACAAGCUCCAUCCGCUCCUGCUGCUCCUGCCUCGCCGACCACUCUUUUCACACAAACUGCCCCCGCUCCACCUACACUUGCGCUGUCUGAAACUCCUAGCGUCACUGUGCCAACACUGGCUGCGCCGACGUUCGCUGCACCAAGUAUUGCCGUCCCAAGCAUUCCUGUACCUUCCGUCGCACUGCCCAGCGCACCUGCUGUACCUGGCGGCUCGGGUCUGCUAGGUGGUCUCGCAGGCACUGUCGACGGAGUCGUCGGAGGCUUGCUCGGCUAG